CUACGACAGACUAGGUACCUCGCUUGCUCUCAACUCCCUUCACCUCCUCAUCUCCAUCCAUCUCUCUCCCCCCAUCGUCUCCAUCUCCCGUCUCCCCAUCCCCAUCGCGUUCUUUCGUUCCCUUCAUUAUUCCAUCAGCUGUUCAUCAGUCUCUCUUUUGGUAACCAUCCAUCCUUAUUUACUCUGUACCCGCCUCCCCCAGUGGUCUGGGACUGUUGCCGCCCAUCAUGAAGACGCCCUCCUUGCUCGCGGCCUCUGUGCUGCUGGGUUGUGCUUCUGCUAAGGUUCACAAGCUUAAGCUUGAUAAGGUUCCUCUGUCUGAGCAGAUGUACGCCCAGAACAUCGACACCCAUGUGCAGGCUUUGAGUCAGAAAUACUCGGGGAUGCGCCAGGCGAUGCAUCAGCAGUUGUCUGAUCAGACCGAUCUGAACGAUGAGCUCACUGAGCAGGGACGUCAUGACGUCUUGGUCGAUAACUUCUUGAAUGCCCAGUACUUCUCCAAGAUUGAGAUUGGUACGCCCCCGCAGGAGUUCAAGGUGGUGCUUGACACGGGAAGCUCCAACCUGUGGGUCCCGUCGCAGCAGUGUGGCUCCAUCGCCUGCUAUCUCCACAACAAGUACGAUUCCUCCUCGUCAUCUACCUACCAGAAGAAUGGCAGCGAGUUUGCCAUCAAGUAUGGCUCUGGCAGCUUGAGCGGCUUUGUGUCCAAGGACACCGUCAAGAUCGCUGAUAUUAAGAUCGAAGACCAGCUGUUUGCUGAGGCAACCAGCGAGCCUGGUCUGGCCUUUGCCUUUGGUCGCUUUGAUGGCAUCCUUGGAUUGGGCUUCGACACCAUCUCCGUCAACAAGAUCGUUCCUCCCUUCUAUAGCAUGCUGAACCAGGAUACCCUGGAUGAGCCUGUCUUCGCCUUCUACCUCGGGGACGCUAACACCGAGGGUGACGACUCCGUGGCGACUUUCGGUGGUGUUGACAAGGACCAUUACGAGGGUGAGCUGAUCAAGAUCCCUCUUCGCCGCAAGGCCUACUGGGAGGUCGACUUUGACGCCAUUGCUCUUGGCGAUGAGGUGGCCAGCCUGGACAACACCGGUGUCAUCCUGGACACCGGUACCUCGCUGAUUGCCCUGCCUUCCACCCUUGCCGAGCUGAUCAACAAGGAGAUCGGUGCCAAGAAGGGUUUCACCGGCCAGUACUCCGUUGAAUGCGAUACGCGCGACAAGCUGCCCGACAUGACCUUCACGCUGAGCGGCCACAACUUCACCAUCGGCCCUUACGACUAUACUCUGGAGGUCCAGGGCUCUUGCAUCAGCGCUUUCAUGGGCAUGGACUUCCCCGAGCCCGUGGGGCCCCUGGCUAUCCUGGGUGAUGCCUUCCUGCGGCGGUGGUACAGCGUGUACGACGUCGGCAACGGCGCCGUUGGUCUAGCCAAGGCCAAAUAGAGGAGCGACGUAAGACUCACAUCCAUCUAGAUGAUGCGGUGUGAGAGCAAUGGUACAUAUAUAAGCCCAGCACGGGCAUUUUUGAUUUCGGCGAACCUGGGGAAGAAGCAGGCCUACCAUUUCAGAUGCAGGCUCUGCACUGCCCUGGGUUCUGUUGCGACGUCUGUUUUAGUGACUUUUACGGAACAAUUUCAUGUGUUAUG